CUCCUUUCGCUAUUAGCCGCUUCACCCAUGCUAUCGCAGAUCAGACAAAAGGCAGUCAGCGCCAGACUGCUGCAGCGUUGCAUGCUGAAUUCGGGUAGAACCUACGUGUCACGCGUGGUAGCCCAUGCCCGUUUUCAGCCCGCGAAACCCUCGCUCUCGAUCCAGCGCGCGUCGCUCUCUACCACCCGCACUCUACGCAAUGCCGCCAGCGAGCCCAGCAAACUGCAGAUCCUCGGAUCCACCUAUGCUGCCGACAACUGGACAAAUGUAACGCCCACGAUUCUCGACAAGACUGGGCGCAAUCUCCUGCACCAGCCGGCGCACCCGCUGGCGAUCUUGAAGGAGCUGAUCUUUAAGGAGUUCCCGACCUUUGCUCACUACGAUGCGAUUACCCCGGACGUGUCGACGUACAACAACUUUGACUCGCUGGGGUUCGCCCAAGACCACAUCGGCAGGUCGCGCUCCGACACGUACUACAUUAACGAAAACAUGCUGCUUCGUACGCACACAUCGGCUCACCAGCUCCAGCUGCUGAAGGCCGGAAAGAAAGGUGACAGGAGCCUGCUGGACCAUGCAAGGAAUGGCAGCGCAGCGCCCAUGAACGAGAGGUUCCUGGUUGCUGCCGAUGUGUAUCGCCGCGACGAGAUUGACGCCAGCCACUACCCGGUGUUCCACCAGAUGGAGGGCGUCUGCACGUUCUCGCGUGCUGAGAUCCAAAAGAUCAAAGCUGCUGCGUCAUCGCCCAAUUCCUCGACCAGCUCCGCGGCCCAGGUCUCAGACACAACCGUUAUUAGUAGCGAAAACCCAAAGCAGCCCGAGCAUACCGACGAGGAGGUCGCUUUCCUUGUAGAGGACAUGAAGCAGACAAUGAACAACAUGGUUGUGCAGAUUCUGACCAAAGCCGUCGCCGCCAAAAGGACUGCAGGCAAUGCCGACAACACGCAGACUGAGUUCCCAGUGCGCUGGAUCGACGCGACCUUCCCAUUCACUAGCCCCAGCUGGGAGAUGGAGGUGCUGUUCCAAGGCGAGUGGCUGGAGAUCUGCGGCUGCGGCAUCAUGAAGCAGAAGAUCCUGAGUGACGCUGGGAUGACCGACCGUGUAGGCUGGGCAUUCGGGUUUGGUCUCGAGCGUCUGGCGAUGCUGCUGUUUGGCGUGCCCGACAUUCGCCUGUUCUGGAGCACUGACCCUCGUUUCACCGACCAGUUUGCGCCUGGCCAGAUCAACACAUUCAAGUCGUUCUCGCGGCAUCCACCGUGCCCAAAGGACGUCAGCUUCUGGCUGCCUCAGGGUGGCGAAUUCCAUGAGAACGACCUCAUGGAUCUGAUUCGGGAUAUCGCUGGCGAUCUGGCCGAGGGUGUCAAACUUGUCGACGAGUUCACGCAUCCGAAAACUGGCAAAUCCAGCCGCUGCUACCGCAUCAACUACUGCUCUAUGGACCGCAAUGUCACGCAUGAGGAAAUCAACGAGAUCCAGGAGCGCGUCAGAGGCCAGAUGGUCCAGCGCCUGGGUAUCACGCUUCGCUAAGGAAAAUCAGAGUGUCUCAAUUCUAGGCUAAUAAAAGACUCACUUAGUAGUGCCGA